UUCGAACGUGAAACCAGUCGGUAAUGCGAUUACUCGGAAUCAACUGGACGGUACACGAGUGCAUACUACAUCGUGAUCGUUAAACGGUAAGAAUUGAGCCCUUGCCGGAUGAGAAGGUUAAGUUUGAUGGUCCGCUUUUUGUGCAUGUCACUGUACAGAUAGGAAACAGAGGGAGGCCGACAAAAGCGUAAUACUUAGAUAUAGAAAUACAUCGAAAGGCAAACGGCGGCGCGGGCGCACUCGUGACAUCAGUCGUUCGCAGCCUAUGCGCGAGUGGUUACGAUAGUGUGCGGUGGCGUCGCGACGCCGCGCUGGCGCAGUACCGUCAAUCGAUUCCACGAUUUGGCCUGUCCGUGUAGUGGCGAGGAAACGCGAACAGUGACGAGCACACACGAACUCAGGCGGAAAGAAGAAAAGGGGGUAUGCUGGCCGAGGAUUGAGCGCGAGGGUGAACUUCAGAAAGAGAGAGAAGGAAGCGGUGAGGGAAGAAAGAGAGUGACAGAGUGAGAGGACGGAGUGAGGUUAGGGAGACGGAAGAGGGAGAAUCGGAGGAGGUAUUGGUGCGCGUGUCUUUUGGCGACAACGCGUACGAGCUGAACGCGUACAGCAUCCGAAAGAGGUGACAGAUUAUACGGGGAAGGUUUGUUCGAGCUGAAAAAACAUAGCCGUGUAAAUUUCGGCUCUCCGUGCCUCCCUCGGUUAAAAAUAUUCACGCACAGCGGUGCAGGAUGACGACGUUGCGGAUUUAGAAGAAACUAACGUAACUUUCUCGCAAGCUGGACGCCGGGAUCGAUCGGGAAUACAGUCUUCUUAACAGCCGGGUGACACUGGCCCGAAGACAUGGAUUACCGGUCGUCUGUUGGCACCAGGUGCGAGGAUGAUUCCCUGGAGAACGAGAAAGGAAUUGGUGUUGCGAACGAGCACAAGGGGGCGUCGAAGCGCGGCGGGACGCACACGCGCGGCACGGCCAUGUCGUUCGGUUUCCGGCGAAGGCCGGCCUCCGGGAUCCCGAUGCCGAUAAGCGGCGGCGCUUACGAGGCGAGCGGCACGCUCCACCAACGAUCGAAAUCGGCCGGGCCCGAGCAGAGCCGGAGGCGCGACGAGGAAAACGGCGGCGGAAACCCGGCGUUGACGCUUCAGAAUUGCUCGAGUUCCGGCCGCUCCACGCCCCGCCUCGCCCCCCCCAAGAAGGAGUCGAGCGGGAUCGCGGUGAGGACGAAUCGGUUCGGGUACAGGCAGCAGCAGCCCCAGGCAGCGAGGUUCACGAACAAGGUGGGCGACGUGUGCAGCAGCCACACGGCGAGCCACUACAACCAGGAGAGCCGGCAGCAGGAAGGCAGUUUCGCGAAGCAGCCCCCGCACAGGGGCUGCCAGCCGAGUUUCAAGCUGCAGAGAUCGUCCCCUGUGCACAACACGGUCUCGUUCAACGGGGGGAGCCUCGUGGACGGGAAUCGGAGAGCGGUGCCGUCCGGUAUACCGGAGCCCGUGGGCAGGUACACGCUUCACACGAGCCACCUGCCGUUGCCCCAAUACGCCGUGAGGAUGACGGACGCGAACUCGAAGAUCGCGAAGACCGCCGCGAACCAGAGCAGGAAGGUGUCGGCCGCGUCGAAGGGGUCGACGAGCUCGAAGGAGGGGUCGAGCACGGAGGAUUCCGGGGUCGGGAGCCAGCAAGGGUGCGGGGAGAACGAGUCGAGGGAUUACGGGGACGGUUGUUCCCUGUUGAGGAGGCACGGCGGCGGCAGGCUGAGGAACCUGAGGAUGGUUGUGAGCGGGAAGAGCUUCGACGUGAGGGACGUGAGGGACGACGACAGCACCGUGACGGAGAUAUCCGUGAUACCUUUGCCGAAAACGUUCACCUCGGCGAGCACCGGCCUGGUGAGGGAGAGGGCGACCCAGUACCAGAGGAUCGUGAACAAGGACAACAGGUACACCGAGUCGACCACGUCCAUGUCCACCACCUCCUCGGAGGGCUACGACGAGGGGUUGGGCGAGGAGAAGGUUUACAAGGACAGGUCGCGUUCCGAGAAGAUCCCCUCCAUCAAGUCGGACUUCAGCCCCCCGAGCUCGGACGAUCCUGAGUACGGGCACGGGGAGGCGAUGGCCGACGAGUACUCGCUCAGCUCGAGCGACGAGUGUCAACGGCCGCCCUCCGACGGCCAACACCCGAACCUGGCUAAGCCCGGGGGGACGCUGCCCAAAACGGCCUUGCGCUCCGUCCUCCUCACCAUAGAGGAUCCCGCGUUCGCGGCGGCGGCCGCCACCCCGACCGCCCUCAUAGACGACGAGACGUCGCCCGUCGACAGCCUGUUCGACAGCCUGACGGCCAGCAUCACCCAGUCCGACACGAGGACGCCGAGGAAGGAGAACGGCGGGAUGGAAGGGUCGGGGACGGCGAUCAUCGACGACGACAGCCCCGGCACCCCGACCAACGCUUCCAAUUCGUUGAGCUUGUCGGAGGGCAGGGAGUACUUCGACGACGAGAUAGCCGAUCAACCGGGCCUUGUCUUCGACGACAACUCGAGGGCAGGGGGCGAGACCCAGUCAGCUGUGGCUAGCCAACCGGUCACCGAGAACAGCCACACUCUGGUCGAGUCCAGCCCUAAAACCGGCGCAGGGCAUGGAAAGAACGCGAGCAACAGCCCUCAUCACGGGAAACGAAUGAGCCGAGCAGGGAGCGUGGACACUCUGUCCCCUUGCGAGUCUAUCGCCUCCGAUGACUUGAUAUUGGAUUACGAGCACAGCGACGCGAGCUCCUACGAAGAGCAACGAGCGGACACUGGGACGGCGUUGCAGGAUAUGGACAACGCUACCAUUCUAUCAGAAUUGGAGGCCCAAGGGGAAGACGUGAUGAGGCAAUGGUCCUCACUGUUGAGUCAAACGUUGCAACAACAAACUAACAAUUCCAACACGAUUAACAACAACGUGAACGCUGGAUCAGCCAAUAAUAAUAAUCAACCAGCCAACGAUAUAGGAAACGAUUGUGAUAAAACAAAGAUAUGGCGAAAUAGAUCCGUGACUGAUUCACCACGUUCCAUAGAUAGCACGCGUAAUCGCCAAUUCUCUAGUCCCUUAAGGAUAUCAAGAAAUAUCCAAUCACCAAAUCUUGACUCUGGGGAUGAAGGGAGUCUUCGAGUUGAUCGUGAUACCUAUCAACACAUGUUUCAAGACAUUGUUUCUAUCAAAACAACGCUCUUGAAACUGAAACGAGUACUUCAACAGUCAGAAGAGAACGGUUUGACGAGGGUAGACACUCUCAACCCAUUCGACAACUCCAUGAAGAAUGGUCUCUUCUAUAACGUGAAUGAAGGUGGCACCGCGGAUGUUAGUACCUCUCCUGGAAGUGGUGGUAGUAGUAUCGCGGAUGAAUUGGCCGAUUUACGUAGACAGGUUGUUUUUUUGCAAGGUCAAGUAGAAGAUAGGGAUCGAACUAUACAAGUACUGCAGUUCCAAAUAUCGAAACUCCAAGGACCUAAUGGCGAUGGCCAAACGUGUGCUUUAAAUAAUCAUAAUAAUUUUUCAUCUCCAAAUACUUGUAAUGCUGCUACGCAAACGGAAAAGACACGACCAGUGUCGGCAGGACCAUCACUCCUGCAAACACUUCCACAGGAUGAUGUUAUGGGGCCUCUAGUUAGCUGUGUGGGAUGGAAUGAAUCAUGGGAUCGACAUCAUCCUCCGUUGCUCGGAGAGCUUAAUGGUAACAGAAGCCCGCGUAAGUCGACCGAUCGUAUACCACGUACAAUAAAAUCUCGUCAAGAGGAAACCUUGCAUCGUCAAAACGGGCAUACGGAUAAAUUGCCGGUUGAUAAUCUUUCUUCGAACAAAAGAUCCAUGGUCAAAUCGAAGGAUUCAAAAUCUAGCGAAUCGAACGACAAGGAGCAACACGAGACGAAAAGGGAAGAGAAAUCGUGUAUUCCAACGGCUAGAAAACUUGCAACAUCGACACUAAUACCACGGUCAGCGAGGGCUUUAACCUCGACAGGCCGACCGCACAAUACGUAAUUACUUUAUUUUGAGGAAUUUCAUUGAAUUUUUUUGACUUUAACUUUCGUUUCAUCGCGAAAAAAUUGCUCAGAUAAUUUGAUAAUCUUAUUCUUUGUGAAUUUUGUCAUGAGUAACAAAAUGAAAUUAUUCCUUUCAUCCUUCAAUUCGUAGCAGAUAAUUUGCUACUAUGUGAUAAUGCUAUAUAUAUAAUUUAGAUAUAUAUAUAUAUAUAUAUAUUUUUAUUUCAAUUUUGAAAUACGAAAGAAAUUUCUAAAUAUUUCAAUAUGAUUACCAUUUUACACUAAGUAUAUAAUUUUUUUUUUCUUAUUUUUCUUAAUUCUUCGAUGAACAGCGAAAGUGAAAAUGUCUUCAAUAUUUGCUACUCAUAAAUUGCAAAAAUAAUGUACAAAUUAUAUGUUGAAAAUUAAGGACAAUUCAUAAGUUCCUAUCAUUUAAAGUUAUGUUUCAUUUGGUUCUGUCACUUCAUAUGUAAAAAAUGCCACCCAUGGUCAUUCUAACAUUUAAAUGAGAUCAUUAAAUUGUAGAAAUUAA